AUGGUAAACAUGGCUGCUUAUGAGGCCAUCGUGGACAUGGGAAGCAAUGGCAUCCGGUUCUCCGUCACCGACACGUCGCCGGACACUGCCCGCUGCUUGCCCACCGUCUUCUCCGAGCGUCUCAGCGUCUCGCUAUACGAUGCUCAAUGGAAAGAUGGCCAGAGGGUGCCCAUACCCGCCGAGACAAUGAACCAAGUGGCCCGCGCAUUCCGGCGCUUCAAAACCGUGUGUCAAGACUUUGGCGUCGACGAGGGCCACGUUCGCGUCUUGGCCACCGAGGCCACUCGUACCGCCCCCAAUUCCGACGACUUUAUGGAAAAGCUUCACGAAGCCACCGGCUGGACCGUGACGCUUCUGAAGAAAGAGGAAGAGGGGCUGCUCGGCGCCCAUGGCAUCGCAAGCAGCUUCGACGAGGUGCGCGGCUUGUGCAUGGACCUGGGUGGAGGAAGCACCCAGCUCUCUUGGAUCUACACCGAGAGCGGCCAAGAAAAGAUGCUCGCCGACCUCCGGGAAGCGUACGGCAAGCUCGACCUCCCAGCAGAACUGACAUCCCUCGGCGCACGCGGCAAUCUCAACCUGUACCUGUCGGGCGGAGGCUUCCGCGGCUGGGGAUUCGCCCUGAUGCAUCAUCACCCAGACGUGCAGCCUUAUCCCAUUCCAAUCAUCAACGGCUUCUGCGUGCCGGCCGCCACUUUUAGAAACACCGAUGCCAUCGUCGCCGCUGUCGGGGCCCCGUCCGAGCAGGCGGAGCCGCUGAAGAUGCACCGCGUGUCCGAGCGGCGCGCCUCCCAGAUUCCAGCCGUCGCCAACUUGGUGGCCUGCGUUUCCGAGGCCCUGCCCUCCGACAUUCGCAACGUCUACUUUUGCCAGGGCGGCGUACGCGAAGGCCGUCUGUUCUCGGAUCUGAACCCACUUGUGCGGAGCCAGAGCCCGCUGGUGGUGGCUACGCAGCGCUAUGCGUCCAGAGGCCGGGUCCAGCGCGGCUCCGCCGCCGCCCUGGCCAACGCGCUGACGGCCACCAUCAAAAUGUCGAACGGUCCCGACCUGACAAGCAUUUCGAUGGCACUGGCAAACAUCAUGUACGAGCACUCCCCUGUGAACAAAGACAUUAGAGCUGCCGCAGCGCUGCAAUCUCCCAUCACCGGUGAGUUGGCUGGAGCGCACGGCUUGAGCCACACGGACCGCGCCCAUCUAGCCAUCGCACUGUGUGAGCGCCAUGGUGGCAGGAAGGACCUCGAUCCCGUGAACGUCCAGCAGUUCGACCGCCUGAUGCAGCUCGUCGAGCCCGACAAGCGGUGGUGGCUGCGCUACCUGGGCCGCGUCGCCGCUGUCUUCGGCAUCGCCUACCCCUCCGGCAUGUCCACCGACGCCGACACGAGAAUCCUCCUCAACCGCGACCCCUCGUCAGCGAAGGACGACCGGAUCGCGCUGGUGGUUUCCGUCUCGAAAGACUUCCUUACAGACCCUUUGGAGGACGCGAUUGCAAAGGUGGAAAAGAUGGGAAAGAAGAAGAAAUGGAUAGCAGGAGAAGAGGGCCGCAAAGUUGACUGGAAGAUACAGAAGAAUUAUUGA